AUGUAUGCGCGCUACGUACCGCCGUCCAAGACGGAUGCGAAGACGGAGACCAAGGUCAACGCCAGCACCCAAGAUGAGCCCCCACGGCCAGGCGCAUACAACCGCUAUGUCCCGCCUGCAAAGCCGGCCGCCGAGCCGAGGCAACAUAAGCACUUUGGUGACGAGACAGAGCUUGCAGUGCCCAAACAGCCGCCUACAAAGCGGGUGAAACUGGCUUCAGACGACUCGGCCAACGAUGCGAGACCCAGCGCUGGCCGCCAGGAACCUGAGGAUACAGAUAUGGGCGUGGAGUCGGUCCAUGGAGAGCCAGAGGCGGCGUCCGAAAAGACCGAUAAGAAGGCCAACAAGACAAAGGAGAAGAAGUCCAAGGAAAAGAAAGAUACCAAGCGGUCCCAGGAUGUAGCCACCACCGACGAGCCAGUAGAGGAAGAACCCAUUGCUUCGGAAUCAGCACUAGCCGAUGCGCAUGAUGAGAACCCAGAGACUCCAGCGCCUGCGAAGCCCAAAAAGGAGAAGAAAAAGAAGAAGCCCAAGGACUCUGCUUCGGGUGAGCACGACGCCCCUUCAGAUGACGACGAGAUAAAAAGACGGCAUAAAUCGGUAUUGGAAAGGAAGCAAAAGUCAAUGAAAGCCCCCCAGCCACCGCCCACGGAUUCAGCAGUCCCUAACGGCACCAACGAUCAGGAUGUUGUUAUGGGGGAUGCGCCAGAGGCAUUAGAGGCACACGGCCUUGAGCCGUUGCCGCAGCCUGCACUUAUUCCCGAGGAUACGUCAGAACCAACUUACCAGACACUCCCCCCUUGGUUAGCUGAGCCGAUAAGAGUCUCUGGCCAGGCGAGAGCCCCCUUUACCGACUUUGGUCUCACCCCCGAAUUAGGCAUCACACCUGAAACUUCCGAGCGACUGGCACAGAAGGGCUACAAAGAGGCAUUCGCUAUCCAGACAGCAGUCAUACCCCAGCUCCUGCCUCACCACUGCAGGACUAUGCACAGCGAUAUCCUGGUGUCGGCAGCUACCGGUUCAGGAAAGACGCUUGCUUAUGCCCUUCCUAUGAUACGCGAUCUCGGCCACGGAAGCCGCCAUGUCACCCGGUUACGUGCCCUCGUGGUUCUGCCUACCAGAGAGCUGGUCAGACAGGCUCACAAGAUCUGCGAAGAGUGUGCUGGAGUUUUUGGCGCAGAUGCGGAUCGGCGCCGGGUGAAGAUUGGGACUGCCACCGGAAACCAGACUAUCCAGGAAGAACGCAAGGCUCUGCUUGAAAGAGAGGACCGAUACGACCCUGACGCCUACGCGGAGCGACAGAAGAGGUUAGAAUCCCGUAGGAAAGGCUACUACGACGACGAAGUUGAAGGCGCAGAGGACGAUGAAGAACUAGCUGAGAUCCGACGAAAGGAAGACAAGAAGGAAACAUUGCCUGACUAUGUCAUUGGCUACAAGUCAAGGGUUGACAUACUGAUCUGCACACCUGGUCGACUUGUCGAGCACAUCAAAUACACUCCAGGUUUCCGCCUAGAUUACGUACGAUGGCUUGUUGCCGACGAGGCUGACAAGCUGCUCGGCCAAGGCUUUCAGCAGUGGCUGGAUCUGGUGAUCCCAAAACUACAAGAUGACGCGGCGCAGGCUCGCCAACACAAGCAAACCCACUUUUCUGGUGUGCGAAAGGUGAUCCUAAGUGCUACGAUGACCCGGGAUCUAGAUCUUCUCGAGGGCCUGAAACUCAGACGACCAAAAUUGGUCGUUCUUGAGGGCUCGGGAGCCGGAGUGGAAUACGCAUUGCCUGAGCUCCUCCGCGAGACGGCCCUGAAGGCUGACAACAACCUCAAGCCACUGUUCCUGCUUGAUCUUCUGCAGAGCUCUCAUCUGACUGCAAGCAAGCCAGCAGAGGCAAUCUCCGAUAUCACUUCAUCUUCUGGGUCAGACUCGGAAUCCGACUCUGGUUCAGAUUCGGAGUCGGAUUCAGACUCCGAUACCGACUCGAGCUCCGACUCAGAUUCAGAAUCGGCAGCAGGCAAGCCUAGCAGACCAAGCUCCAAGCCUGCGCUGCCAAGCAAGAGCAUACUGAUCUUCACUAACUCGAAUCAGUCUGCUCUUCGUCUUUCUCGCUUGCUGUGCAUUCUGUCUCCACCACUCGAGCCCAUAGUGGGACUCCUCACUUCAGACACGGCUUACUCAACUCGCAAGCAGACUCUUCAAGCUUUCUCAACGGGCAAGAUCCGUAUCAUCGUUGCCUCGGACCUGGUGGCCCGUGGUAUCGACUUGCCGCACCUUGAGCAUGUCGUCAACUAUGACAUGCCGUCGAGCGUCGCGUCCUACGUCCACCGUGUCGGUCGAACAGCACGUGCGGGUAGGAGCGGCCACGCCUGGACAUUCUUCACAGAUGCCGAGGCCAGAUGGUUCUGGAAGGAUGUUGCGAGCGAUAGGGUCAUCCGUAGGAGCAGCAAGGUUGAGAGGCUACGUGUCACGGAGGAGAAGGAAGCAGCGUAUGAGGACAAGAAGGCCAGAUACGAAGAGGCCCUGGAAGCGCUGGGGAACGAGGCAGCUGACAAAAGGCGAGCGCGGUAA